GAGAUGUGGUUAGAGAAUAUUUUGACAUUAAUACAAGAAAUGUACCUUUGGAAGGACUUACUAUUUGUCUUACACCGAAAUGUGUGAAACACGGAUAACUUUCCCAGAUUUUUCAGAUUCUGAUAAUGAACUUGAAUUUUCCAGCGAUUCAGAGGUUCUUCUCAGCAAAGUAUCUGCUGCAGACAAUUCUGACUCAGAUGACCACAGUGCUGUGAAUUCCACUAAAAUAGAAUUACAGGAGUGUCACCUACAGACAGCCCCAGUAGAGGAUGAUGGGAUACCAUCCAAGUCUACCUGUGGCUCCAUCUAUGUGGUCUUUGCCUCAAUCAUGGCCUCUUUGGGAGGAGUGUUAUUUGGAUAUGACAUAGGGAUAAUCUCUGGAGCAGUGUUACAGCUGAGGGAUGACUUCUGUCUGUCCUGCUCCUUCCAGGAGAUGGUCAUCAGUGCCAUGUUAAUGGGAGCUGUCGCAGGAUCACUUAUUGGAGGUGUUUUAAUUGACAAAUUUGGCAGACGACUGACCAUUAUUGUAAAUACAGUAGUGUUUUUGGUUGGAGCCCUUGUUUUAGGAUUUUCACCAAAUUACCCUUCACUGAUUGUUGGCCGUCUUCUAUUAGGAUUUGCUGUUUCUCUAUCAGCCACAGGAGAAUGCAUCUACAUCUCAGAAAUCGCACCCCCUAAAAAGAGAGGACAGUUAGUAUCAUUGAAUGAGCUCGGGAUCACACUUGGACUUCUACUGGCGUAUCUAGUCAACUACUUAUUUAUCAACGUCACAGAGGGAUGGCGGUACAUGUUUGGUCUAUCAGCCAUUCCUGCAGCAAUACAAGGAGUGGGGAUGUUUUUCCUCCUUAGAAGUCCUCGAUACCUCAUCCUCACUGGCAAAGAUGCAGAGGCGGAGGAUGUGUUAUUAAAACUGAGGGAUGGGAAGAAAAUACAAGUGCAUCGCGAAUUAGAAAAGAUAAAAUCAUCCAUUAGCAAUGAAAAGGAACACACCUGUAUGGAUGUCUUCAGCUCUAGUGACAACAUGAGAGGCCGGAUGUUCAUUGGAGCAGGGCUAGUUUUCUUUCAGCAGUGUACGGGGCAGCCCAAUGUUUUAUACUAUGCCCCCACUAUUUUUGAAGGAAUUGGGUUUGAAUCAGACUCAGCAGCCACAUUAGCCACUGUAGGACUCGGCUGUGUCAAGGUGGUGAUGACUGUGAUAACAUUGUGUUGUGUUGACAAGUGGGGCCGUCGCCGAUUCCUUUUGGCGGGCGCCACAUUAAUGGGUGUGUCCCUCCUCCUCCUGGGGAUCAUCUCUCAUUUAAAUGACCACAUUUAUGGAUCUAAUCCUUGCCAGGAAAGUGUUCAGUGUUUAGAAGCAUUAACUGAAGCCAAUCGGAACAUCUCGGUAUUUUACACUACAACCCCCCAAAUGUUCUCUAUAAACGAUUCUUACACAUUAUCCGAGGCAGACUGGCUGUCUUACAUUAUGGAUAACUAUACUGCUACAACAACGGAGGAACCUCAUGUACACAUCCAUGGAUCUACCAUAGGCAAAAUAGCAGCCUUCACGGCUCUCAUGUUAUAUGUGGCUGCUUUUGGAUUCAGUUUUGGUCCAGUGUCUUGGUUAAUCCUGAGUGAAAUCUUCCCAGCUUCAGUGAGAGGGAGGGCCAUUUCUCUUGCCACUGUGCUCAACUGGGGAACCAACCUUAUUGUCUCACUCACUUUUCUGGAUAUCCUUGAAAACAUUGGUGUAUCCUGGACGUUUGUGAUGUUUAGUGCUGUCUGUGCUCUGUCUGUGAUCUUUAUCUUCUUUGCUGUACCAGAAACCAGAGGGAAGUCCCUGGAACAAAUUUCUAAAGAACUCAAUAACCGAUCUCUCAAGUCAGGAAUCCGAGCCUACUGUAAAAGACUUAACUGUUGUCAGCCAUUGUACAACUCUCCUGUGAAGUCUCCUAACUACCACAGGGUACUAAGUACCGAUUCCUUCAAUGAAAUCUCCUGAUUGUGUGACUGAAACUUUCAAAAAUAAAUGGCUUGUACAUGACUAAGAACACCCCAAAUUAAUAAGCACACUUAAUAAAAGUAGUGUUACUGCAGGGUAAAAUUUUUAUUUGCUUUAUGAUUAUUGCAGCUCAGCUUAGCUAGAAUUUUCUUUUACACUAGACUUUAUCCUGUUUUUUAUUAGGAGUAAAUACUCUAAAGCACAUAUCUACAUGAGUUCAUGCUUUUGUUUGUAACUUUAUACGGUAUAAUAUGUUUCAUUUUUAGUGGUCAGAAACCAGACAAGCUUAUGCAAUGGUAAAGUGUCCAUUGUCUACAUGGGUAAAAAAAAAAAUUUCAUAAUGCUACUCCUCCUACAGUUUUGAUCCGAUUUCAAGAAAACUUGAUACACUGGAUUACACUAGUAUAUAAUUCUGUUUAUUUCUUGGAAGCGUUGCCAUAUGAAAUUCUUAAAAACGAUAUUCUUUCCAUGGUUAUUUAAGAUUUCAAUAAAAUUUCGAAUUUCAUCUAGAAAAUCAUUCUGUUUAUCUGUCUCAUUUCAAUAAAUUUUAACAGUGUUACCUUGUGGAAAUUUUAGUGAAAUUCUAUCAAAACAAUACUACUCUGACAGGAUUAUUAGUGUUGUAGACUCUUAAAGUAAGUACUUAUGCAGACUAAACAAAGAUACAUAACACUGUAGAUUUUUUUAAAAAAAUUCUGAUUGCAUUGCCAUGGUUACUUAUUGCAAUAGAAAGUGUACUUUGGUUCCCAUAGUUGAGUUCAAAUCCAAAUGUUACUUUUUUCUUCCUUUGUGAUGGUGCAAACCAGUAGAGUUAGUCUCGUCGGGGAUUUCUGUUUUUCAUAAUUUGAUAAUUUGCAUAAUAUACAAUUCAUUUGACAUAUAAUUUUUCAUCAUAUCAGAUAUUAAGAGUUGUGAUAGAGCAUUUUUGUGAGAUUGUAGUAUUUAAAAAGUGCUAACCUGUAGAUUAUAUUGAAUAUUGUAGAUUAUAUUGGAAUUUAUACAUGUAUUGAAUAUUGAACAAAAAGUAUUAACCAUUCAUUGAAGGAUCCAUGGAGGUAGUGAAUUGGAUUUUUGCUCUAUGAUUAUAGUGUACACCUGUAUUAAUUCUAUGAAUUAACUUUAUCUGUCUGAUUAUUGAAUUAUUUUAAUACAUACAUUGAUUUUCUUUAAUAAUGCAUGAAAUUCACAUGGCUGUUUAUUUCAUUCCAAAAAUUAUUGUUUAUUGUUUUAUUAGAAAUGGGAAUUGUUUUUUGUUUCUGAACAUAGCAGUAGUUGAUCUAUGUUUACAACUUUAUAUUGACUUUAAAAAUCUAUUCUUGACACAAAUGAUCAAAUUUACAUGUGCUU